UGAGAUUUCUGCUCUCAGAAAUUAAUGUUAGAUUAUUGCUGCAAGAUAAGAUUGUUACAAGGCUUUUCAUUAUUGUUAUUUGACAGGUUUUAUGUAUGCAAACUGUGUCAACAAACAAACUGCUUGUGCUAUUUUCCAGUCUUAAUUUGAGGUGUGUAACUAUGUAGAAGAUGCUGCACAAAUUUAGAGGAAUAAAAAUGGCCCUCUAACAAUGCUUCGGCUACCAUGGGCAGUGUCAUGCUACGCUAUUUCUGCUAUGGAUGCCUUUUUACGUCCGUGACCUGGACACUUCUCCUUUUCAUCUACUUCAACUUGAACAACGAAAGCUACACUUUCAGCAAUGUGCCCUUCCAGGGGAGCCAGCAAGUGCAGUGGAGAUUCAAGCCCCGAUUUACCAAAGGACCCAAACGUCUGCUUGAAUCCCAACACCAAGACAAAGUAGACAGCCAGCUUAUUAAACACAUACCAAAAAUGUCAGAGAAAAAAUUGGAACACUUUUCAGAACUGGGUAUGAUUUUUAAUGAAGUGGAUCAGCAGAUUCGGAAUUCAGGAUACCAGAAACAUGCUUUCAAUGUGCUCAUCAGUGAUCGUUUGGGCUACAGCAGGGAUAUUCCUGAUACCAGAGACCCAAAGUGUAAAGAGAAAAGCUACCCAAUGAAUUUACCUUCUGCCAGCAUUAUUAUUUGCUUUUAUAAUGAAGCUUUAUCAGCUCUACUGAGGACAGUACAAAGUGUGUUGGAUCGUUCUCCAGCAAACCUGCUUCACGAAAUUGUCCUUGUAGAUGACAAUAGUGAUUUCAUUAAUCUAAAAGAUGAGCUUGAGAAGUACAUUUGGAAUAGUCUACCCAGAAAAGUGAAGCUGGUGCGAAACUCUGAACGAGAGGGAUUGAUACGUGGCAGAAUGAUUGGAGCAUCCCAUGCAACAGGAGAUGUACUGGUGUUUCUUGACAGUCACUGUGAGGUGAAUGAUUUGUGGCUACAACCCCUGCUGACUCCAAUUAUGCAGGAUCGCAAGACUGUGGUGUGCCCAGUGAUUGACAUCAUCAAUGCUGACACAUUAAUCUACAGCUCUUCCCCUAUUGUGAGGGGAGGGUUUAACUGGGGCCUGCAUUUCAAGUGGGAUCCAGUGCCUGCUUCAAUGCUGAAUGGACCAGAGGGACCAACAGCAGCAAUCAAGUCACCUACAAUGGCAGGAGGAUUAUUUGCAAUGAACAGGCAAUACUUUAAUGAACUUGGACAGUACGACAGUGGCAUGGAUAUUUGGGGAGGAGAAAAUCUGGAAAUUUCAUUUAGGAUUUGGAUGUGCGGGGGUCGGCUAGAAAUAAUUCCAUGUUCCAGGGUUGGGCACAUUUUCCGUAAACGCCGACCAUAUGGUUCACCCAGAGGGCAGGAUACCAUGGCACACAAUUCUCUCCGUCUGACACACGUCUGGAUGGACGAGUACAAGGAACAAUACUUUGCCCUCAGGCCUGAGCUCAGAGUCUGGAGUUAUGGUAACAUUAGUGAACGUGUUAGCCUGAGAAAGAGACUCAAUUGUAAAUCAUUCAAGUGGUAUCUGGACAAUGUCUACCCAGAGAUGCAAGGUUCUUGGACCAAAUGGAGAAGCCAGGAGUGCAGGCAUGCCGUUGUGGUUAAUAGAGCCAUGAAACGGCCAAAAGUUCUCCAGCAUGGAAGGAUAAGACAUCUGCAGACAGCCAAAUGUAUCAGUGCCCAGAACCAUCCUAGCCAGAAAGGGGGAAUAGUGGUAGUCAAACAAUGUGACUUAUCAGACCCAGAUCAGGUUUGGGUUUAUAAUGAGGAACAUGAACUAAUUCUCGCUAACCUUCUCUGCCUGGACAUGGCAGAGACUCACUCAUCAGAUUCUCCGCGUCUUAUGAAAUGUCACGGGUCUGGGGGAUCACAACAGUGGAUUCUGGGGAUAAAUAACCGCAUAUACCAAGUCUCAGCUGGGCAGUGCCUUCAAGUGGUAAAUCCUGAGAGCAUUAAAGGAUACAUCGCCAUGGCGAUUUGUGAUGGUUCUGCUGCACAGCAAUGGCAGAUAGAGAGCUGACUGGAGAAGUGGGCUUUCAAAAAAUGGUUUAUGAAGGCAAUUGAAUCUCAAUUGAGAAACAUCACUCAGGAGCAUGAAAAGCUAGAAUUACACCAUGCAACAAGAAGUCAGGAAAUCCCUGACAGGGUCUUCAUCUCAACUGCUUCAGCAUGCUGAUAAUAAUGAUUUAAAAAUAGAAAAUUAUUUUGUGGUAAAAUUGCUAUUUUUGCCUCAGAUUCUAUGAACAUCGUGAGAUGAAUAACUUUGAAAUUGUAAAAAUAAUCUGUAUCAAGAUUUUAUUAUUUAUUAAUGUCAAUCAUAUGAUUGUUCUAAGCUUGACAGGAUUGCAUCAAUUUGAAUGGAUGUCGAGCAUCAGUUUUUAACAAAUGUCGUGAAAGAUUUACAAUAUAUAAUGUGAAUUACGUUUCAGUAGAGCCAUUUAAUGAAGAUUUUAUCAUUUAGUUAUAUGUAUGAAACAUGCUUAAAUUGCAAUUAUAUUAUGCAUCAUCUCAAAAAAAUGAAUAUUAUUACAUAAUGGAUUCCAAUAACAUUCUAAACCACGUGGCAAUUAAAAGGUUAAAAUAUUUGAUCUGGAUGGUCUGAUAGAUAUCCAGAUUAAAAUCAUAGUCAUCAACCUACCCACUAUUCAAAGCUCUCUGACCUAUUUGAAAAUGAUAACUUGAAAGAGUCAAAGGAAUCCUGUUGCAUGGGAUGUCUGUUGACAUUUACAUUUCAUUGUUAUUAAAUGUGCUAUUGAAUGCAUACAAUAUUACUAAUUUUACGAGGGGAUUUGGAGGAGCUACAUCACAUUCUGAUUCAAGUCAAACCUAAUUCAGAUUUGCUUUGCCUCUCCCUGCUGAUUCUAGGUGGUCAAUUACAAGCUAGCAUUCCUGCAUUGCCCUCCAGAAUGUACAUUUACUGUUGAGACCUUUGUGUCACAAAUGCUCUCUCUCAGAAUGCAGCACUUCACCUCCAACAAACCGCCUGCUGGAGUGGAGCUAAUCGAUAGAACUAAUGGGAAACUAUUCAACCUACAGCACCUGCAUUCCAGAACCAAGCUCACUCCAAUCUACUUAGUGAACAGUUGCAUAUACAGACAUUCAGAGCUCAAGAUCCAAGUCAUUGUGGUCUUGUUCAGAGAGAAUGAGCCUUGCACUCAACAUCCAGAAGACAAAGGUCUUUGACCUACCAGCCCCCAUUAGUAUAACUCAAAUUUUUGACACUGAAUGUUCACAGCAAGACCCUUGAAAAUGUGAGCCACUUUCUAUAUCAGGAGCCACCUCUCCGCGAAGACACAUUGAUGAUGAAAUUCAUUAUCGCCAGUAGAGCCUUAGGUUGACUGAAGAAAAGGGUAUUUGAAGUUCAAGAUGUCCGAACUGGCACAGAAUUCAUGGUCUGCCACACGAUAGUGGUCCUUGCUUUCGUAUAUACUUUUGACCUUGAUCCAGCUUCCACCAUCUGCCGGGGCAGAGAAUUCUAGAGAUUCACACAGAAGAAAUUUCUGUGUACCUUAGUUUUAAAUGACAGCCCCUUGUAGUUAUGUCUUCUUGUUUGUGAUGCUCCCACUAGUGAAAACAUCCCAACAUCUACCUUGUCAAACCCCCUUGGGAUUUCGUAUGUUUGAAUAAGGUCACCCCUCAUUCUCCUAAACUCCAAGGAAUACAGGCCCAAACUAUUUAGUCAUGAGAACUAUUUUACGCACGAGAACACCUAGAUUUCUCUGUACUUCACUCACUUGCAGUCCCUCUCCAUUUGGAUAAUAAUCUAACUUUUGAUUUCUCUUACCAAAGUGCAUGACCUCACACUUCUCCACAUUAAACUCCAUUUGCCGUUCCUUUGCCCACUCACUCAAUCUAUCCCCAUCUCAUUGCAGAAUCACAGAAUCCUUAUCACAACAUGCCCUGCCACCUAUUUUCAUAUUAGCAGCAAAUUUGAAAACUACAUACCGUUUCUUCCUCCAAAUCAUUAAAUGUAAAUAGUGAACAACCGUAGGCUAAGAACUGAUCACUGUGGUACUCCUCUAGUUACUUCCUUCCAGUCUGAAAAGGAGCCAGUUAUUCCAACUCUGUUUUGUAUAAAGCAGCUAGUUUUCAAUCCAUUCUAACACACUUCCUCCGAUGCCAUGGGCUUUUAAUUUAUGCAUGAGCCUCCUAUGUGGCAUCUUGUCAAAUGCCUUUUGGAAAUCUAAAUACACGACAUCUACAGUCUCCUCUCUAUUAACAUCCUACAUCCUCGAAGAAUUUGAGCAAACUUGUCAGGCAUGAUUUACGUGAUCCCUCAUCUACCUUUUUGUCACAGACUCACAACUAAUGUAUGCUAUCCUGGAAACCCUCCAAUCUUUCACCCUUCAUAAACUUGUGCUAAUCCAAAAACAUGAUGCCAGUAGCCUAACCGGUUCACCCUUCAUCCCCUGCUCACUGACCUACUGCAGUUCCAGUACAUCAAACAUUGCUUUCAAAUUUUCAUCUCUUUGUUCAAUGCCUUCAAAGUUUUUAUAACUCUUCAGGUUCUGUGCCUUCAUCCUUCUUUGCCUUAAUUUCUGGCUUCUGGAAUUCCUUCACUAACCCACUUUGAGUCUCUCAGGAAGUUUGAUUUUAGAGAAACUUGAGGCUCUUCCUGAGACCCUCCAAAAGUUUCUCUAAAGUCAAACAUUUUGUUACCCAUCUUCAUAUCUCCUUUGGCUUAAUGCUACCAAAUUUGUUGAAUUCAGUAGUCACCAAUGAGAUCUGAUUGGCGCAUCCAUUAUACUAACCGCUCCUACGUGUGCUGAAAUGACCAUUAUUCAUGAUCCACAUUUUUAGAAACUGUUCCACCUAUGGGGCAGGACAGCCAGGGUGUGAUCCCGUCCCUGUGGAUAGUUGUACAUUUUGAGCCUUGCUCAAUAUUUUUUUCCUCUCCUCAAUCUCAACUCCGAUCUGCUGUGAGUCAGCUUCCUACAUUCAGGACUGAGCUGACAGAAGUCAGACAUGACACCAUGCAGGAACUCGUGCUGCCUUCCCCUCACAUCCAUGCAACUCGGGUACUUGCUGCACUUACUCGAUGAAUCACUGGGUAAUAGAGGAGAUAUAUACAGAAAAAGAAAUGCGUUUCUCACCUGAGAUUCUCAGUACUGCACACCGGCCAAGAACGGUUUCUCCUUCCGGGACAUUUUCUUCUCAACUCUUAUGUUGUUUUUCAUGCUUACUGAAAGAAAGUAAUUAGGCAACCUUGACUCCAGGCAUCUGCACAUUUUGAUCAAGGAUUUGCGGUUUGGGGACACAGCGGAGUUAGCACGGGUUUCACUGUGAGCCAACAGUUUCUUCCCACUGGUUCCCAUGUAGUUCUGCCAUGAGGACGGGGAAGGUAAAUCCUGUCACUGCAUGGUUUUGUAGAUGAAUGGACCACUCUGCAAGACAGCCCAUAUCAAUGAAGGAGUCUCUAAUAACAUCUUAAUAGCUUGAAUGUCUCAUUCCAUUCUGCACUUGCACAAAGCUCUUGUGAAAGAAUAUGAACUAUCCAGCUCAUUUAAAUUAUCAACCUUGCACUUAGUUAAUUUCUAUAUUGCAGUACAUUUAAUGUACAGAUAAAAUAUUCAAACAGAUGCUAAUAAAUUUGAAUUGUACGUGUUGUUGCCAAACACCUUGCAGAUUUCAUACAUUUC